GGCUGCGACGCCGCGUUGGGUCGCGCUCAGCGGGGAGGCCGCGGCCGCAUCAGCGCUGACGUGGGGCGACGUGGGCCGGCGGCGGUCCCGGUGGGGCUCGUCGUCCCACCUCCUCGCGUCCGUAAGCAGUGACGAGGUCCGCUACGUAAAUCGCUUCGCUGCGGGAUAAAUACAGAAGAAAACAGGAAGGCGCAAAGCAUUGAUUAUAAAUGUCUUAAUAAUGAGCAGAUGUGGCAGGAAAAAAUACAUGAAGACAAAUCUAAGACAAAUGACCAUGGAAACAAUUGACUCUCAGCAGGAUGGAAGUUUACCAGAUCCUGUGGCAGAGAGCGAAUCUGCUCACAUGCAGAUGCAGACUGGUCAAAAUUCAAUCCCCACUUUAGCUCAGGUUUCUGUAGCUGGAUCCAGCACCGGAAGAGGCUCCCCAGCCGUAACUCUAGUACAGUUACCUUCCGGCCAGACCGUCCAUGUCCAGGGAGUAAUUCAGACACCACAGCCAUCCGUUAUUCAGUCACCACAAAUACAGACUGUUCAGGUAGCAACCAUUGCAGAAACAGAUGAGUCUGCAGAAUCAGAAGGUGUAAUUGACUCUCAUAAACGUAGAGAAAUCCUUUCACGGAGACCCUCUUACAGAAAAAUACUGAAUGAACUUUCCUCUGAUGUGCCUGGUGUACCCAAGAUUGAAGAAGAAAAAUCAGAGGAAGAGGGAACACCGCCUAACAUCGCUGCUAUGGCAGUGCCGACUAGCAUAUAUCAGACUAGCACGGGGCAAUACAUUGCUAUAGCCCAAGGUGGAGCAAUCCAGAUUUCUAACCCAGGAUCUGAUGGUGUUCAGGGACUGCAGGCAUUAACAAUGACAAAUUCAGGAGCUCCUCCGCCAGGUGCGACAAUUGUGCAGUACGCAGCACAGUCAGCAGAUGGCACACAGCAGUUCUUUGUCCCAGGCAGCCAGGUGGUGGUUCAAGAUGAGGAAACUGAACUUGCCCCAAGUCACAUGGCUGCCGCCACUGGCGACAUGCCGACUUACCAGAUCCGAGCUCCGACUACUGCUUUGCCACAGGGAGUGGUGAUGGCUGCCUCCCCCGGAAGCCUGCACAGUCCCCAGCAGCUAGCAGAGGAAGCAACACGCAAACGGGAGCUGAGGCUAAUGAAAAACAGGGAAGCUGCUAAAGAAUGUCGACGUCGAAAGAAAGAAUAUGUCAAGUGUCUGGAGAGUCGAGUCGCGGUGCUGGAAGUUCAAAACAAGAAGCUUAUAGAGGAACUGGAAACCUUGAAAGACAUUUGCUCUCCCAAAACAGAUUAGUAGAAAUAUUUAACUAUGAACUGAUUACAACCUGUACAGUUGCUUUUGAAGGCAAUACAAUAUAUAGCCGGCAAGAAUUAUGGCUUUUUUUUUCUCCUUUGUAUCAUUCAGCGUAUUUUCUAAUCUCUAACAUUCCCAAACUGCUUCACUGUACGUAGUUAACUCUUAGCUGUAACUUCAAUUUUUUUUUAAAAGAGACAAACUGUAAAAAAAAGUCUGUAACAGAUUCUUAAAAUGCAAUAUUUGUAAGACUUUUUCCAAUGCCACAUAUUUGCAGUUCCCAAUCUCUGUGCCAUGAAUAGUGUCCUAUGCAAUAAAAAUAUUUUGCAGAUCUUUAAAAAUCAUUUUAGGAAAGGGUGAUCAAAGAUAAAUGCAUCCAGCAGUACAAUAAAAAUAAACCACAAAAAAAUACCUCAGGAGAGAAUGGAAAGAAAGAAGGAAUGGAAAGAAUCCAGUGACAUGCCUAUGUGAAAAUAAUAGCCUAUAAAUGAAUUUAUGGCAUUUGCAGAUUUUUAUAUUGGUUGCUUUGUAAAGAAAAUAUUAUAUUGCUGUCCUUGAAUGCCAGAGUUGACAACAGUUUUUAAUAGAACCAUGUUGGUUACA